UCAACAUGGUAUCACAGGAGCAGUAUCCUCCAGCUGGCUUGAGUUAAAACUCCACUUCAGCAGCAGCUCUUUGCACCACCGUCCUGGGCUGUCUACACCCGGAUGAGAUAGCUAAAGCUGUAGGUGAAAAGCGCAGGUUGCCCCUACCCCCCUCCUCCCCCAAGAUCUGCCCCUCUCACCCUCCUGCUCCAACUCCAUCAACAUGGCCAGUGGAGAUGAUGAUGACCCCAUUAUAGAGGAGAUUGACGUGUACCUUGCCAAAAGCCUCGCAGAUAAGCUGUAUCUUUUCCAGUACCCUGUCCGACCAUCCAAUAUGACCUACGAUGAUGUCAACCACUUGGCGGCUAAGAUCAAACCCAAGCAGCAAAGGGUGGAGCUGGAAAUAUCCAUGGACAUAAUGAGUCCAAACUACUGUCGCAGUAAGGGAGAGCAAAUCGCCCUGAAUGUGGACGGCACGGGUUAUGACGAAACCAACACCUACUCAGCUAAAGUGAUGGACAAGCAAACCUUCUCAUCCAUCCAGGCCACCACCAACACCUCCAGAUACGCAGCUGCUGUGCUUCGCAAAGGUGAACUUCACGUCACACCUCUGAUGGGAAUCCUUCAGAUGAGGCCGAGCUUCUCUUACCUGGACAAGGCUGACAACAAAACCAGAGAGAGAGAGGCGGCCAAUGAAGGUGGAGACUCCUCUCAGGAUGAAGCCGAGGAGGAAGCCAAAGCAAUUACGGUGAGGUUUGCUCGUCCCGAGUCGGAGCAGGCCCGUCAGAGAAGGAUCCAGUCAUAUGAAUUCCUCCAGAAGAAGCAAGCGGAAGAACCCUGGGUUCACCUGUCCUAUCAUGGAGUCAAGGACGGGCGCUCGGAGCAUGAACGGCAGUACCUGUUCUGUCAGUCGGUGGAUGCCUCGGAAAACUCUGAACUGGUGAAAACUCCAAAGGAGUAUCUGGCGAUGUUGAUGCCGCCCCUUACAGAGGAGAAAGUCGUGAAGCCUGUGGGUCCCAGUAAUGUGCUCUCCAUGGCUCAGCUCCGAACUCUGCCGCUGGGAGAACAGGUCAAGACCCUGAUGAAGAAUGUGAAGGUAAUGCCGUUUGCCAACCUGAUGGGCCUGCUUGCCUCUGGCACAGACUCGACCUCAGUGCUGCGCUGCAUCCAGCAGGUGGCACUGCUGGUUCAGGGGAACUGGGUUGUCAAGAGUGAUGUUCUGUAUCCUAAAAACACCUUCAGUGCUCACAGUGGUGUCCCUGCUGAGGUCCUCUGCCGUGGCAGAGACUUUGUGAUGUGGAGGUUUACUCUGGAGCGCUCUGUGAUGAGAAAGGAGAUUGCGUCCGUCAUCAAACUUCCCCCGGAAGACGUGAAGGAGUUCCUGGAACACGUGGCGGCUCCUCGGGCCAACCGGGGCUGGGAGUUCCUGCUGCCUACUGAUGUAGACUUCAUUGAGAAACACCCAGAUGUUGCCCACAGGCAGAACAUGCUGUGGCUUGGCAUCCAGAGCAAGUUGGAAAAGGUGUUUAAUUUCUCUAAAGAAGACUUUGUGCCAAAGAAGUCCGCUCAGUCUGAUCCCGUCCACAUCAGCGGGGAGCAGCGUCUGAAGAUGGCUCAGGAGCGAGCGCAAGAAAAACAGUCGUCGCUGCAGAAGGACCUGGAGGCCAGGCGUGGAGGAAGCAGCGUCCGUGUCAAACAGGAGCCCGUCAGCGACAGAGAAGAUGAGCCAAUGGACACAUCCUCCUCCUCCAUUCCCAACGGUUCUGUCAAUGGUUACCCCAGUGCCACCUCCCCUGACUUUGACCACGCUAACAGUAAUGGAGGGAGUCCCACCAACACGCCGUCCCCGGAGCUGCAGGAUUUCGUGAUAAAGACUUUCCGGAAGCAUUUUGUGCUCACGCUGAAUGAGCUGAAGAGGCUGUUUAACCUCCAUGUGGCGUCCAUGCCGGUCGGUCGGAGCGUCUUCCACUCCAUCUCGGACCACAUGCUACAAGACGCCAUACUGCUCAGCCAACAGUGCAAACAGAUAAUGGUGCCUUUUCCUGCUCAGACCAAAGCGGCCCCAGAUGAACAGAAGGUGUUUGGCUUGUGGGAGACCGGAGAGGACUUCGACAAGCAUCGCCGGCUGCUCUACGACGUGUUUGCGAAGAACUACCGCGUCAGGAGGAACAUAAUCCAGGCCAGACUGGCUCAGGAGUUUGGAGACGUGUCCAAAGCCGACAUUGACCGGCUGCUUAAUGAGUGCUGCAGCAGCCACGCAGGGAUGUGGUACCUAAAGGGAACAAUACAGUCCUGACCCCGGGAGCCUGCCCCCCUGCGGUCACCCCCAGCCAAUCAUAUCCACUCCUGGGUGUCUCGCGGGAGGGCAUUGGAGAGAUGAGAGCCAAUCGCAGCAGCUCGCCCAGCUCUGAGAGUGGGCAAUUUGAGGACAAAGAUGUCGGCUGUGCUCAGAACAAGAAGCUUUUCUCAUUUCAGCUGAAGCAUUUCUGAUGUUCAUGUGAGCACCCUGAUGCAGGGGGAGGAUUGAAGCUCCCCACAUACUCUGACAGCCGGAAAGUCUGAGGGGGAAAAAAAUGAACUAGAAAGAUGAAUAUUUGCAGUUUAUUAGUAGUUGUUUUUGCAUUUAUGACCUCAUGUUUAAUUAUUUUUCAAUGAAACUUUUCCACAUCAGGCUGGUGUUUACAGUUGAAAGCAGUCGUGGCUCAAAGCGCUUUCACUUCAUCCCUCGUUGUAAAUUUUGCCAGAGAAAACAUGUUUUACUUCAUUGCAAAUGUUGCUUAAGGCCUUUUUAGGCAGGAAACAGUUUUCUCUUUGUACCUAUUAAUUUUACACUUUCUCCAAUCACACUUUGAGGAGUUUCAGCUGAGUAUGAUAUUUUUAUUUAAAUAAAUAAAUGGAGAAGGGUGGGUUUAAAGCCAUCAAUGCUUAGUUAAAACAUGGCCAAACACUGUAAGGCAAAAAGGGGGGGGAGAUAAAAUCAAAACAAGCAAAAGUGUUACUGAACUGAAAUCUUUCGAUGUCUUUGGCAAUCAUGGACCUCCAAGCUGCUCCAUCAAAUGUGGCUUUUCCACGUUUGUGUUGCUCAGUCACAUGCAGAUUUCUAACCUUUUAAAUGGAUGAUGUUGAGGGUUUUCUUGGUUGAAUGUAAAGAUUCAGAUACCCCCCCCUUUAAUGAGAGAAACUUUGAGUGACUGAUUUUGAUGAGAACCAAGAAAUAUGUGAUUUGGAUUAAAACUUAGAUCUGUCUUUGUGCAAACACCAGUCCAGCGCGAACACUGGACCUUCUUAAGUGGUGAUGCAGUUGAUAUGCCGACGUUAUUGCCACGUGCUGCUAUCUUGAGCCUCUAUCUAAGUGCCUCUGCCUCAAAAGGCUUUCAGGACAAAUGCCCACCCUUCAUAUGAGGUAACGCUUUGAUUUUCAACACAAGUUGUGGAAAUAAAAGCUGAAUUUCAGGCCAAAUCUCAUUUCCUCCAUCAUCAAGUAUUCCUAGUAAUAUUUUUUCCAUUGGUUGGUUAUUUUGCUCAAUAAACACUUUA